UUUGAAAAAGUCUUUACUUUAUCUCGAAUAGACAAAUACCACCUAGCUUCCUUUUAUAUUACCUCACUUUCCUUAUUUUCGUUCAUACAUCUUCAUCCAUCACCUAAAUCAUACCGCCUUUUUAUUCCUAACACCCAACUUCAAACCAACUCCCUUUUUUUUUUUUCUUCAAAAAUCUCACCUUUUUUCUUUGUGUGUGUUCUUCUCCUCAAAAUUUAGCCAAAAAAAAAAAAGAAAAUGAAGAGCAAAAGACAAGAAAAUAAGUUGAUGAAAAUGAUAAGAAUGCCUAUAAGAGCGUUAGCAAAAGCAAGGGACUUUUACGUAAAGAGCAUGAACAACUAUGCAGAUAAAGCAUGUUAUGGUGGAGCAUCAACAUACGCCGAUCCGUUACCGAGAAGUUUCAGCACGAGUAGUUCGAUUCGAUCUAGCAAUACAAGUGAUGAUUAUAAAGAGCUGGUACGUGCUGCAUCAACAAGUACGUUAGGGAAUAGGAUCAACCUAAGUUCAUCCUCUGUUUUAAACAAUCACGCUAAUACAAGUACUAAAAAAGAAUUCAAGGGUGUGCCAAGGAGUGCCAGUGUUGGUAUGGCCAAAAUUGAAGAAGAUAAACCAAUUGACUUUGAUGUUAAUAAUAAUAAUAAUAAUAAUAAUAAUAAUGAUGCUGGUGUUAAUAUUGUCAAACACAAGUUUGGGAUAUUUCCUAGGAGUAGAAGUUAUGCUGUUGCUGCUACUAAGAGAUCUUCACCUGCAUUUUGAGAUCCAAUCAUUAAAUGCCCUUUUUUUUCUUUUUAUAAUUUAUUUUGGGUCCAAUUUCUUGUUGUUUUUCCUUAAUGAUUUUUAGUUUUAAUGUUUCUUCGUGUAAGUUUUAAGAAGUUCUAAUUUUUGGUAGAUCAUGGAAAAUAUGAUCUCGAUUCUUUGUAAAUAUGAUUAGUUUGAAGAGUGUGGAUGUAAUUAUGUUUUUGCGACAA